ACAUUAGUUGUGGCUCCGGUCAGUUUUCUGUGGAGAGCUGGACACGCAGCAGAGGGCUCAUCAUGGCACCACUUGGACUAAAAGCGAUUGUUGAAGAGAAGAUAAUGAAUGAUGUCAUCAAGAAGGCAAGAGAGAAAGGAAAAUGGAAGGUGCUGGUGGUGGACAAGCUGAGUAUGAGGAUGAUUUCUUCCUGCUGUAAGAUGACAGACAUCAUGUCAGAGGGAAUCACCAUUGUAGAAGACAUAACCAAGCGGCGUGAGCCUCUGCCCAGCAUGGAGGCCAUCUACCUGAUCACACCCUCAGACGAGUCUGUUGAUGGUCUGAUUGACGACUUCAGAGACCCGCAGUCUCCGAGGUACCGAGCAGCUCACGUCUUCUUCACCGACACUAUCCCAGACUCAUUGUUUGGACUGCUGACCAAAUCCCGCGCCUCCAAAGCCAUGAAGGCCUUGACUGAGAUCCACAUCGCCUUUCUGCCCUAUGAAUCUCAGGUCUUCUCCCUGGGUAAAAUCGAUGCCUUUCAGGACUUCUACAGCCCCUUCAAGGUUGACGUGAAGAACAACAUGCUGGAGCGUUGCGCUGAGCAGCUCGCCACCCUCUGUAACACUCUCAAAGAGUAUCCUGGAGUCCGAUACAGAGGGUGGGUCCAGACAAAGUCUCCUACUCAGCUGCUUAUUCUGGAUCGUGGGUUGAUCCUUGUGACCACCCUCUGCACCGAUGCUCACAUUGCGCCCAUGGCUACGCACUGCUUGGGCAUCGAGAACGACGUCUACAGUUUUGAGACCAGUGGGAUGGGAGAGACGAGAAUGAAGGAGGUAGUGCUCGAUGAGGAUGACGACCUGUGGCUGACUCUGAGACACAAACACAUUGCGGAGGUGACAACGGCUGUGACUCGCUCUCUGAAAGAGUUCUCUGCCAGCAAAAAGAUGAACACUGGAGAAAAGACUACCAUGAAGGAACUGUCUCAGAUGCUGAAGAAGAUGCCUCAGUAUCAGAAGGAGCUCAGCAAGUAUUCAACCCAUCUCCACCUGGCUGAGGACUGUAUGAAUCGCUACCAGGGCACUGUGGACAAACUCUGUCGUGUAGAACAAGAUCUGGCAAUGGGCAUUGAUGCAGAGGGAGAGAAGAUCAAGGAUCCCAUGAGGCUCAUUGUACCCGUUCUACUGGACACCAAUGUCAGUGUGUCUGACAAGAUCCGCAUCAUCCUGCUCUACAUUUUUCUAAAGAACGGUGUGACUGAGGAGAACCUGUGUAAACUCCUUCAGCAUGCCAGCAUUCCACCAGAGGACAGUGACAUCAUUUCCAACAUGGCCCACAUGGGCAUUCCCAUUGUCUCUGAGGGAACCAUCAAGAAAGCCAAGAAGCCCGAUCGUAAGGAGCGAAUCAGUGAGCAGACCUACCAGCUCUCCAGGUGGACUCCUCUCGUCAAGGAUCUCAUUGAGGACGCUAUUGAGGACAAACUUGACCCCAAGCAGUACCCGUACAUUUCCCAGAGACAAGUAUCUUCCAAAGCCAGCGCUCCAUCAAGUGCUCGCUAUGGUAACUGGCACAAGAACAGGGGCCCCACAGAGAUGAAGACGGGGCCCAGGAUCAUCGUCUUUAUUAUUGGAGGGGUGACGUACAGCGAGAUGCGCUGUGUGUACGAGGUCACCCAGGCCAAUGGCAAGUGGGAGGCACUGAUCGGUGCCACCCACAUUCUCACCCCGCUUAAGUACCUAAAGGAACUACAGCACCCAGACUUCCUGGAUCCCAACGCUGCACCAGAAGGCACAGAGGAGCCGCCUGCAGAAUGAAAAGAAGUUUGGAAGAUCAACUGAAAUCUUCACCCCUUCUCGCCUUCUAAAAACCCUCAAAG